UUGGUUUCGAGCUGAAGGAGAUCUGCAAGUAGCUAAGAAUGAUAUGUUAGUGCGUUGGAAUUUUCCUGUUUGCUCUUGAUCCGGUCACAUGAUGCAGUGUCACUUGCGCUUUCUGAGUACGCUCUCGUUCGGAUCACUCGAAAUGCAUCUUCUCGACUUACCACUUGAGAUAUUCCGACAUAUUAUCGAGAUAUAUUUAAAUAGCCUACCAUUUCUGAUGGCUUCUGAUAUGAAAACCCACAACUUGUUAACAGGUUCUUUCAUCAAGAAAUGACACGAACUACUUGCAAUAUGCUCCACCGCUCGGCUCUACAAUAUUUCCCUACUCACUACCUCCAGCGCUGGGCAUUCACGAAAUACGGC